GUAUGUAAAUAUUAUUACUCUGGGUGUGCAUCGCUUUCAUGUUUAUGUUUUUCCUUCUUUUUGUGAUUGGUUAUACCUGAUGGCACCCCAUGUUAUUUUUUGGAGAGUUGAGCCCCCUUUCUUUUCUAUUUAUUACUGCAGCUCAGUCCCAUUGACUUCAAUGGAGGUGAGUUGCAAUACCAGACACAACCUGUGAACAAGAGUGUUGCUGUUUUUAAUUUUUAUUUUUUUUUGCAAACAACGAUGACACUAAUACAAAAACGUGUCAUCAUAGUUUGAAUGUGACUUAAGAUCCUCCUCUGUAUCUUCCGGAGGGCUGAGAAAGCAUCUGGUUUCCAGUUACGGAUGACGCUCCUCCCUACAUUCCAGGGACUUGCUGAAACUUCCCUGCAAAAAAUCUCCAAAAUGGAGACUCUGCCUCCUCCGUAUGCCUUAAAAUGCUCGUCCCCAAAGGCUAAAGUAUUUCUUGUUUUCUUCUCUAUGGUCGUAUGCACGGCCGCUUUAUUUAUUUUACAGUUAAAAUUCUUCAGGCCCAGAGGGAAAGACUUCUACUCCUAUGAAGUGAAGGAUUCCAAGGGGAGGACGGUAUCACUGAGCAAAUACAGAGGCAAAGCAUCUCUGGUUGUAAACGUGGCGAGUGCCUGUCAGCACACAGAUGCAAACUACAGAGGGCUGCAGGAGUUACAGAGGGAGUUUGGGCCGUCCCACUUCAAUGUCCUCGCGUUCCCCUGCAAUCAGUUUGGGGAUUCGGAGCCAAACACGAAUCGUGAAAUAGCCGCUUUCGCCAAAGGAAACUACGCAGUGACGUUCCCCAUAUUCAACAAGAUAAAGAUUCUGGGCUUGGAGGCGGAACCUGCGUUUCGGUUUCUUGUAGAUUCAACUAAGAAGGAGCCAAGAUGGAACUUCUGGAAAUAUCUGGUUAACCCCCAAGGUCAAGUCGUGAAAACCUGGAGACCCGAGGAGCCUGUGGAAAAUAUCAGAGAUGAAGUGGCCUCUAUUGUCAGGGAAAUCAUCAAGAGGAAAAAGGAAGAUCUUUAAAGCCACAAAAAACCUUAGGCCAGACUGUUUACAGCAAGAAUCCUUCAUGGGUCUUAAUUUUAGAAGAUUAUUUUUUACAAAUUUUUCCAAUGGGUUUUAUAUUUUGCUACUUUAGUAGAAUUCAUUUUUAUAUUUUUGAAAUCCUGUCCAAAAUUUUCCAAUGGGAUGUGCCACUGUUUGGGUUGGGGGAUUUGAUAAUGCACAAUGAUGGCCUGUUAUGAAUGGCUUUUUUCUGAAGAGAAAUAUUAAAUUAUUGGUUGUGGGAUAAAAUGUUGAUGAUAUUAUGUAAACCUGUCAUAUUCCAACACAAACUAAUUUCCAAAUUCUGUGGAUAAGACACACAUUGCUGUCACUUCUGUUAUAAAAUGAUGGAGUGCCAAAUCUAUCACAUGGCAGACUCAUCAUUUUAUAACAGAAGUGACAGCAAUGUGUGGGUUCCGUCAUGGGCUCUGUAGUUUUCAUGGAAAGAAAAGUUCUGUGUACUGUGCUGUUCUUCCAGUCAAAUAUGUCGGAAGUUGCAUUUUAAGGGGAACCCCGUUGGAGUCAACUGGUGCCAGAAAAUGAAACAGAUUUGUAAAUUACUUCUAUAAAAAUAAAAAAUAAAUCU